UACGUGCUUCGGAGACCUAUCUUUAUUUGUAAGGCAGAUUCCGGAAAUUUUUGACCGUUACCUCCGCCUCUUCCUCUUUCGCGCCGUUCUUCCUCCCUCGCUCUCCUCCUCCCUCCUUUUCUCCUCCUCCCUCCUUCCCUUCUUCCUCCUCCCUCCUUUUCUCGUCCUUCCUCCUUCCCUUCUUCCUUCGCCUCCCUUCUUCCUCCCUCGCCCCCUUCUUCCUCCUCCCCCUUCCCUUCUUCCUCCGCCUCCCUUCUUCCUCCUCCCUCCUUCCCUUCUUCCUCCGCAUCCCUUUUUCCUCCCUCGCUCCCUUCUUCCUCCUCCCUCCUUCCCUUUUGUUGUGCAUCCAGAACUCCUGAGAACUCCUGCGCAAGAAGCUGCGUCUCCCUCUACCAUCCCUCGCUCUCAGACACCAUUGCAGCCUUUUGCAGAGCUCAUCAAGCGGCACCAGUCGUUGGAGACGCUGUGUAGAUUCUGACCUCCGCGACCUUCCAUCCUCAUAAGGCAGACAUCGACAGGUAGAUUUUGUUCAAAGAGUCAUUUAUUCGGGAGAUGGUUGGUGUAAGGGAUUCAUCAUAUGAAGAGUUAUUAAUCAAGUUGGGUUCAAGUAAUAAAUCGACUUUAAAGAGGAAAAGGGAAGAACCUGGUGAUAACAACAUUGGGAAUGAAGAGGAUGAUUGUAUGACUUGUGAUGUUUCUGAAAAGGAUCAUGUUGAAGGAUCCACAUUAUCAAGUUAUAAAGAUAUUCAGGAAGAUGUCUUGCAUAUGGAAGGAGAAGAUGAUCUUGAAGAUACACAGACUGAUAUUGAGUCUGUGGGUGCCAAAAGUUACUUCAGAAGACACCUGGAAUACUCAUUGUCGGAGGCAGAGAUCAGUAAGAUAAAGAUGACUAAGUGGAAGUUUCAUUGGGCAGUUCCAGCUCUUGACAAGCCAUCGUCUAAAUGGCUAGGGACUGAUCAGUGUUUUCUGAAGGUGGAUGAUGGAAAUGUUGCCCAUGGCCUUAAGCCCCAGUUGUAUAGACAUUGGCAAGAGAUGUGCAAUGGGUCUGCCUCUGUUGACUUUCAUUCCUCUAGACAAUGGAGAUUCUUUCUGCUCUGUAGUGGAUAUCGUGAUAUUUUGCAUCCUGACAAGAAGCCUUUCUAUCUUAAAGGGAAAGAGGACUCAGAUAUCAUGGAUGCAUAUUUAAUGCACUCUUUAAAUCAUACCUUCAGGACGAGAGAUCUUGUUACCAAGGAUAAUGCAAAACUUGCAAAGCUAUCAGAGAACAAUGGCGACACAGCUGCCAUUAGUGCUGGGCUACUGGAUCAUGGAUUCACGCGUCCUAAGGUCCUGAUCUUAUUGCCAUUAAGAAGCAUUGCACUGCGUGUUGUCAAGCGGUUGAUUGAGUUGAUACCUCCAUCACUGAGAGUGAACAUUGAAUUCAAAGAUCGUUUUUUUGAAGAGUUUGGGAUUGCACAAAAUGAAGAUCAAACUGCUUUUUCAGCUGAGAAUGGGCAUCAGCAUUGUGAGGUCAUGUCUCGCAGUUCUUCAAAACCUGCUGAUCAUCAAGCCCUUUUUGGUGGGAAUUCGGAUGACCACUUCAGGGUUGGGAUAAAAUUUACUCGGAAAAGCAUAAAGCUCUACAGUGAUUUCUAUUCGUCAGACAUAAUUGUAGCAUCGCCUAUUGGUCUGGUAACUAAAAUUGAGGAGGCAAAGAAGGAGAAAGAAAAAGAUUUUGACUUUCUGUCAUCUAUAGAGGUCUUGAUUGUUGAUCAUGCUGAUGUCAUAGCUAUGCAGAACUGGGACCACAUGAAUUUUGUUUUUAAACAGAUCAAUCAGAUACCAUCAAAGCAACAUGGCACUGAUAUUAUGCGCAUUAGAAAAUGGUAUCUUGACGGACAUGCACAAUUUUAUAGGCAGACAAUCUUGUUAAGUUGUUUUCUUACCCCAGAAAUGAAUGCGUUAUUCAGUAAAAUCUGUCUGAACUAUGAAGGGAAGGUAAAAUUGGUACGUGAGUAUAAAGGCAUCCUCCAAAAGAUCUUACUUCAAGUGCGGCAGGUUUAUGAGCGAUUUGAUGCUACUUCUGCUAUUGAUAUAGAGGAUGCCCGAUUCGAUUACUUUGUUCAGAAGGUAUUCCCCAAGAUAAAGGAUUCACUCGAGGGUGGAAUCAUGAUAUUUACCAGUUCAUAUUUUGACUUUGUGCGGGUCAGGAAUUUCUUGAAGUCACAGAAAGCUUCUUUCUGCAUGCUUGGAGAGUAUACAGAAGAGAGUGAUAAAUCUCGUUCAAGGCUUUGGUUUUUUGAAGGGAAAAGAAAAAUCAUGCUGUAUACUGAGCGUGCUCAUUUUUAUUUUAGAUACAAGAUUAGAGGUGUCAAGAAGUUAAUCAUUUAUUCUCUUCCAGAAAGGAAAGAAUUUUAUCCUGAGAUAGUAAAUAAGCUUGGAGAAGUUGACAAUGGAAGCUGCCUAGUGCUAUUCUCACGCUUUGACAGUUACAAGCUGGAGAGAAUUGUAGGAACACCUGCAUCCAAGAAGAUGGUGUCUUCCAUGAAGAACACCUUUGUCUUCUCUUAGCAGUUCAGUUCUUGUUGGCUGUAUGAAAAAAAAACUUGUCUCCCAGUAACAUAUUUGUUCUCAUACGGCAUGAAAGUGUGUUCUUUUUUGUACUUUAAUUUAUUGGUUGCCCAGUUUAGUGUGAACUUAUUUUUAAUGUGAAUAGAUAGUCCCUAUGAUUAUUAAUGCAUUCGUAGCCCGAAGUCUUGAUGCA